AUGGAAACGGAUAAGCAUCCACCAAUCAGAUUCCUUCUUUGGAACUAUUUAAACUCAGAAUUUGCAGAUUUGCAGAUUUGUAAACGUAAGAAAAACCAUCUAAAGGCAAAAAGUGCAUACAACAGGCAAUUGUGUGAGAUAAGUAGUGUUUUCAAGGAUUUUUCAACUAAAACAAAUAAGUUUAAAAUGUUUUUUUCCGCUUUUUUGCAUGUAUUUUUAUGGAUUGCAGUGUAUAGACAAGUAAAAGCAUUAAAUCCGAUUGUUAUUGUGGGAAAUGCAUUUUUUGAUAGCAUUACAGGAGAACGUUUUUACGUCAAAGGAGUAGAUUACCAGCCGGGAGGAAGUUCAAGCCUUGUAGACCCUCUUUCUAAUAUUAGAGGGUGUGAAAGAGACAUUCCUAUAAUGAAAGAGUUAGGAAUCAAUGCAAUCCGUGUUUAUCAGGUGGAUAAUUCAGACAAUCAUGACAGAUGUAUGAAACUUUUGGAGGAAAAUGGUAUUUAUUUAUUUCUUGAUAUAAAUACAGCACUUAUAUCACUUUGGAGUGUAAACACUGCAUCCUCUUAUACAGAUGAAUAUCUUCAGAAUAUUUUUGCAACGGUUGAUGCUUUUAAAAAAUAUGUAAAUGUUAUUGGUUUUUUUGCAGGGAAUGAAAUUGUUUCAUCUCCAGAACAAUCGAAUGCUUUACCAUGGAUAAAAUCAGUUGUUCGGGAUUUAAAAUCAUAUAUUCAAAAACAUUCAAAACGAAAAAUAUAUGUAGGGUAUUCGGCAACAGAUAUUAACAAUCGUGUCCCUACAGCAAUGUAUUUGAAUUGUGGCAAUGAUAAUCAUCGUGUUGAUUUUUAUGCUAUUAAUCUCUACUCAUGGUGCUCUCCUUCUAAUUUUAUGACCAGUGGAUAUUCUCAAAGGGUGCUUGAUUUCUCUGCAUAUACCAUUCCCAUAUUUUUCAGUGAGUAUGGCUGCAACAGGAAUCCACCACGACCUUUUGAUGAAGUUCAAUACAUUUAUUCUCGUGAAAUGUCAGGCGUUUUUUCUGGAGGCUUGGUUUAUGAAUGGACAGAAGAACUAGGUAACCCAAAUUAUGGGUUGGUCUAUAUUAAUGGAAGAACUUUGCAAAAAAAACAAGACUUUUAUAAUUUAAAAUAUCAAUACGAAAAAAUAAAUCUUCCUGAAGGCAGUGGAGGAUACAAAGUUGUAAGUGGGGGUAAUAAAUGUCCCGAAAAUUCCUUUUCUUUUAAUGUUUAUACGGAACUUCCAAAAAUGCCUAAAAGUGCUGAAAAAUAUCUUAAACAUGGUGCUGGAAAACCUCUUGGACUUCGUCCUCUUGGCUCAAAAAACAAAUAUCCAAAACCAGAGAAUCCAGAUUUUCCUGAUGAUAAGGAUUCUACGAAUUCUAAUGAUGAUGAUGAUGAUGACAGCGCUUCUAUGAAACAUUAUUCUUACAAAAAGAUUUAUUUCAUCUUAUUUAUUUCAUUAUUUCGAAUAUACUUAUUUUAA